CUUCCUAAUUGAUGCAACUAUCUCUCUGAAAGAGAGAAAAAAUCUUUCUAUGGUAAAAAGCCCCAUUCUUUUGAAGAUGUCAAUAAAAUAAAUUUGUACCACCUACAAUAUUUAAUUUACAAUAAGAACAUUUGAACAUAAAUCUUUUUGUUUAGUGAUUGUACCAUCUAGCUUCGGAUACAUACAAUAAUUAUUUAUUAGUGUGGGAUUAACUCACAAUCAGUUCGUCCGCUCUUUAUGUUUAGCUAUGCCCUAAAAGAAUUCAGCAGAUUUCUACCCAAAAAAAAAUUCCGCAGACACCACUAUAACGUUUAAAAAGCAUAUGAAAAAGGUUGAAAAAAAUGAACAAAAGAGACAUGCACACGGUUCCAUCAUUUAGGCUUUAGGGAUUUGCCAAUAAUAAGACAACCUUUGAUUAAUUGGAAGAGACAAGAUAUAUAAUAAGUUAUCACAGAAGAACCCAACACCAGGAAUCCUGUAAAAGCAGUAAAACCUGGUAAAGAUGUCUUUUUUAUUAAACACCAAACACCUAUAAUCCGAUAAAUAAUUUAGGAGACAAAACCCCCAUGGUGAAAGAGGAAAUUAUUAACAUCAAAAGAAUGAUUAGAGAGCCAUAAGACAUAGGGGUUUUUGCUCAUCUUUUGAUAAUCCCAGUUUGAUUAUCCUUAAAGUUUAAAGCUUUACGGAUAGCAAUCAUCACCACGGCACCAUCCUCUCGUCAGUUUAUCACUAAUUAAUAAAUUGAUUUUAAAAUUACGAAUAGCGAUCUCUAACAUUAAAAGCAAUUAGCUUAGUGUACAAAAGAUACUCGACUGACAUGUCAGAUUGAUAACUUCUUGAAUAUGUUAAGUAUUACGUAAAUAAAAGUUACAAAAUAAUACGGACUUGAAAUUAUCCUUUACAGUUUGACACUUACUUUGGAAAAGGGGGGAAAAUAUGAUAUAGCCUUCACACCUUUGGAAACAAUAGAAAGGGUCAUAGGAUUAGGUUGGUCCCCAACUGCUAAUCUCAAUGUUGUAAAUUUAAAUCUCAACCAUAAUCAAACUUCUCCAUCACAGUAACCUGCAAGGAACCUGGUCUAUCAUUAGUAGAUACAAAAACAAAAAGUUACUUUGAGUAGGUUUAAGAAAAGUAAAUUUCAUUGAUAGCAGUGUCAUUAGUUCAAGGAAAAUGAACUUGGACCUCUCAGUGGGAACUGGGAACCAAUCCCAACAUGUUCAGAUUUUUUAAGUACACAAUUUUUCAAAUCCUUGUCACCCACCAUAAAAUUAUUCAAAACAAGAAACCAAAAAAUCCCAAAACUGUGACAAUUGUCAAAGGUUGAUCACUUCACUCACAUGACUUCCUCAUCUCACUCUUUUAAAUUCAGAGAGCUUCCUCACAGUUUCCCUCCCACCACCAAACCUCUAGCUGCUAUUCCAUCAGCCCAUUUCUAGUUUAAGAAGAAAAAAAACCAGACAUUGAACCCUGAGAGCAGAAAUUAGGAUGGAAGUUGCUGCAAAUCUGCCUUUCCAUGAUCACCACCACCACCAUCUUCAUUCAGCAGCAGCAGCAGCAGCAGAUGAUGACUAUAUUGACAUGGAGAUAAACUCAUUCUCCAUUCUUGCUAAUCAAAACACAAGAGAGUUUGAGUUCCACAUGUCAACACCACCAGUUGAGAAAGAGUACCACUCAACUACUUCCCCAGCUGAUGAGCUAUUCUACAAAGGCAAGCUCCUUCCCCUUCACCUCCCACCUCGUCUCCAGAUGGUCGAGAAGCUCCUCGAGAACUCGUGUGGCGUUGGUGGUGCCAGAAAAGAUGUGUUUGAAGAGUUCUACAGCACACCAUUGAUGGCAACCACUCCUACAGCAGCAAGUACCCCUUAUGAGUCCUGCAACAUCUCCCCAGCUGGUUCCUGCCCAGUCAGCGGGGUGCUUAAUCGCGAAGAGUACUUGCUUGAGUAUUCAUCAUGUCAAGUGAGCGGAUACAUAGACAUGGGUGAGAGUAAUCCAAAGAGGCCAUCAUGGGCAAAGAAGCUUAAGCUGAUCAAACAGUCUGCUCUCUUUGGUUCAAAGCUGAAGGCGUCGAGGGCUUACUUCAAGGCCUUGUUUGGUAAAUCUGGGUGCUCAGAUGAUUCCUGCACAGCAGCUGCUGCUGCAAGAGUUGCUGAUGAAGGGACCAUUUCAAAAGCCAGCAAAGAAGCUGGUUUAGAAGGAUAUGGGAAGACAGUUGUAGUGAAGAAAGCUCCUUUUGGGCAGAUCCAAAAUGAAUUUUUAUCAACAACCGUCAGCAAACAUAAGAGUACUACUGGUGAGGAUUGCAGUGGUAAUAGGGUCCAUAGGAGAUCAUUCUCAAUGGCUAUUAAACGAAACUCUACUGCAAAAUCUUCAAUAUCAACUAGUUCUUCUUCUUCAUCAUCAUCAUCAGCCUCUUCUUCAUCGUCUUCAAGCUUGAUCAGCUCAAACGGGUAUCGAGGGUUGCCAUUUCUGAAGAGAAGUACAAGUACUGUGUGUUCAGAGAUUGAGAACCCAAUUCAAGGAGCUAUUGCACACUGCAAGCAGUCUCAGGAGAUUUUUGAACAAAGGAAGAGUAGUGUAAGUGAGGUUGGGUUCUACUCACUGCCAGGUUCAGAGAUUAGUAUUUCUGAAGAACCAGAAAGGGUUGGUCUUUGUAGAGGCUGAUAUCUUCACCAAAUGGAAGAAGAAAAGAAAAAAAGAAGGAACAUGAAAGUUUUGUUUUUUAGGUUAAUGAUGUAGUCCUUUUUCUUCACUUGUCUCAAUAUUUUCUCAUUUUAGCAUUUGUAUCAUCCUUUGGGGUCAGAGGUAAGGGGUUAUAGAUUUGUCAAUGAAUUAGGAUGUUAACAGAAUCAUAAGUCUAAUGAAAUGUUUCCUUCCAGACAAGUCUAAUGAAAUGUCAGGAAAGCC